CGUAUACGAUUAUCAAUACCGAAUUUCCCCACUCUUCUGUAAUACCUCUAGGUUUAGAUACUGGUGCGAGCUUGACAGAGUGUCCACAACAAGGACUAAAAUUCUCGCGAAGCAUUUGGUUUAGAGAGAAAGAGAAAGGGGAAAGCAGCCAUGACAGAUUAUGCGCAGGAGCAAGAGAUGGAAAUUGAAGCUUUGGAAGCCAUCCUUAUGGAUGAGUUCAAGGAAAUUCAUCCUAGUGAAAGUGGACUAAACACUUCUAACCGAUGUUUCCAGAUAACACUCUCUCCUCAGGAAGAUGAUGCCGAUGCAUCUACAGCAAUGCCAGUUCGGUUGGCUUUGAUUUUCUCACACACAGAGAAAUAUCCUGAUGAGCCACCACUUCUGAAUGUGAAAAGUUUAAAAGGAAUCCAAGUCACAGAUCUCAAGGUUUUGAAAGAAAAACUAGAGGAAGAGGCAUCAGAAAACCUUGGUAUGUCAAUGGUCUAUACACUAGUGUCAUCGGCUAAAGAUUGGUUGAUUGAAUUAUUUGAAGAAGACGAUGGUAGUAACACUGAUAAUGAUGAAACUGCUAAAGAUGAUAUAAUUAUACCUCAUGGAGAGCCUGUUACUAUGGAAACGUUUCUGGCAUGGAGAGAGAGAUAUGAAGCAGAAUUAGCGCUAGAAAAAGCCAAGUUGAUGCCUGAAUCAGCACUCUCUUCAACAAAGGAAAAGAAGCUCAGUGGAAGACAUUGGUUUGAAAGUGGAAGGGCUUCCACGAAAGGGUCAGCUCCCAUUACUGGAGAUUCUGAGGAUGAAGAUGAAGAAGACAUUGACUUUGAUGAUGAAGAUUUCGAAGAUGAUGAAGAUGAUAUGCUUGACCAUUACUUGGCUGAGAAACCAGAUUCAUCUACACAUUCUUCCAGCAUAGGCAUUUGAAAGGGGAGCUGAAAUGGCAAUCAGAAGGCCCUGCAAUUAAUAUUAUUUAUAUCCAAUCUCCCAUAGUGAUGUGAUAGAGAGGGGAAAAGCUUUUUGUCGAGACGGUUUUUGUAUAAUAUUGAGGGCGUAAUGAAAUUUUCAUUGGAAUUGUUGUUUGUUUAGACAUUGUGCUAAGUUCAAAUAAGUUAAGUUAGACUUGAAUUUUUUUUGUUGUAUUGAUGAUUGAAGUUUGGAAAUGAAAACAGCAUUUUAA